AUGGCUAACGAAAAAAGAUGUUAUCAGGUAAAACAAUUAUCAGUCAAUGUUUAUUGUAUUCGUGAAGAUGAUUAUUGCAAUCAUAAACCUUUGAUGUAUUUAAUUAUUGGUUAUGAGAAAAAGACAGGUAAUAAUUGGCAAUUUUCUUCUCUUGGUCCUAACGGUCUUACGGUAAAUGUUGAAGCAUUGUGUGCAUCCGAUCGUAAUCCAUACUACACCGAACUUCGUGAUAGUGAAUACGACUAUGCAAUAAUAGAGCUUGGUGAUAGUGAUCAUGAUAAAUUAGGAGUGCUUCAUACACCUGGGCACACACCGGAUUCACUAUCUCUCAAAACGGUUAUUUAUUGCGAUUUGUUUCAUCAAUAUAAUGAAGUUAUACUAACUUAUCUGCAUAUUUUUAAAUCGAUUAAUAUUUUUUAA